AUGUCCACUUCGCCCAAAGUUGAGGGCUCGACAGAGUCGGAGGCUGGCCCAUCACGCCUCACCCUUCGCGAGCAACUCCGACUCAAAGCGCAGCAGAAACUCACUGCCCAAGCGGCUUCAACAACAAAAUCCAGCGGCCGCAUCGACCUGAUCGCCCUCUCAGACACGGUCUGUCUCAGCGACGAAGAAGAACUAGGCUCUCUCACCCUCGGUCGUGUCAAACGAAAAGCUGCGCUCAACCGACCAGCCACCUACAGCAUCGAUCCGACCGACGAUGCUUCCCGCCUACACUCCCAUCCGAAUCGGCUGCCCGAGUCAGCAGCCAAGCACGCUCUUACAUCUUACAACCGAACGAAAGGCGUCGACAGCCUGCUUCGUGAACAGCAGAAGAGGAUCAAGCGCGGAACCGAUGCUGACGGGUUCUCGAGAGCGGAAGCUAUCGCGAGAAGUAUGGAGCAGGAGCGGUUGGGAAAGAUGGGUAUUGCUUACGAUGCCGAGGACGACGAGAAGGCAGGGAAUGAGAGAACAGGCGAGACCUUGGGUGCGACUUCGUCAAAAAUAAAGUCAAGCAUCGGCGAUGGCAAUAGAGAUGGAAAGGAGCAAAAGCUGACGGUGAGAGCCUUGUCUCCAACUAUUUCGUCUUUUUUGUGGUCUUCGCAGUCAGAAGGUGCUUACUCGGACCAUGACACGGAGCCAGAUUCCGACGCUACUAUACAGAAGCAAAAGCUUGCAGCAUCGCUCGCUCCUGUCGAUGCGGACGAGGACGAAAAACAGCAAACGCUCAGUAUCCUACAGCGAGACGUCCGGGAUAGCAUCCACACGGCGGAUAAGAAUGAAAAGGGCCACCUCACCUUCUAUAGACCCAGUCGAAGCAUCGCUCCUCUAGUCGAGAGCUUCUGUCCUCUACCGUCAAUCGCACAACCCGCUCUGUUCAACAAAGGAGAAUCAUCCUCCACCUCACCACCAGCCAGCAUCACAUGGGACACCAUCUCCCCUCACGUUCUGCUCGCCGGCAUACUCCCUCCCGCACUCAACCUCGAGCGCAGCACCAUCCGGCGCAUUCUCCUCUGGACCGCCAUAUCCUACAUCCUCGAGCGCGACGUUCUCCGCAGCCACCGACUCUCCUCCCUCUUCACCUCCCUCAUCCACCACCCUUCUCGUUUACCCUACACUCGCGAACUCGAACAAACCAUCCCCCGCGCACUAUCCGACAUCGUCCGCCGAAUCCCACGCAUCCUCAACCGAAUCGGAGUAGACGAAGAAGUCAUCGAACAGUCUUUCCCCGAUAACGCAAACGUUACGGACGAACCUUGCAUUCUCCCGCGUCGACGCACCACCUCUUCUGGCACAAAGGCAACACAGACGCGAGCGCAAGGUGAGGGUGGGGAGAGAAGCACUUCUUCUUCGCCCAGCGUUGAGUUCAAGGUGUUCAAAGUGUAUCUCACGCAGACGGAACGGGAUGAUAUCAUGAUCAAUCUGGCUAAGGUGUUGGGGAUGGUGAUCAGUGCGGUGGUGGAGGAGGGAUUUGUGGAGGAGCACUUGUCGGUAUUGGCUGGGUACGUGGCGUGUAUGGCUGUUGCUUGUGCGAGUUGUACUAAUGCCAGCCUUCAGAGUGAGGUCGGGGUUGCGAUCACCGGUAUCUUUGGGCUCGCGAGUAAGCAGAGCAAGGUACGGGAGUUGCAGGAAGCGGUCUGUCGGCGAACCUUUACAGCGUUGGGCAACGAUUCGAGUCCGAGUAAAGUGGCUCUUCGUGCUCGACUAGUCUCUGUGUUCCCAGGUCAGAGUCGAGAGAUUGGGGCGGUGAUCAGGUGGCUAGCUUGGUGCGUGCUAACGGAGCAUCUUGCGCAGUAUACUCCCCUUGCUUCGGCCGUUAGUAGGGUCAUAAAGGAGCAGAGCAAAGUGGUCCCUAGUUCAGACCCUGUUGAAGCAGCUGGUGAUGCAAGCCAAGAACAGGAGCGGGAGGCGAGAGAGAAUGCGCACUGGAGAAUUGCCAAGUUCGAGCCUUUGCAGUUGGAGUUGGACGUGUUGAUCAAGGCUGUUGAUGUUGCUGAUGUCAAAUCUCCUUUCUACGUCGUCGGAGAAAGUGGUGGUGGCUCGAGACCAAUUCCAACACAGAGGAGAGGCGGUGGAUUCGAAACGAUCAUCGCAGCGACCCAACUCCUCGCUGUAGCUUUACGAGACCUUCCCAUCCACCUCUGCACCUUCUCCUCCGACUCUUCCUCCGCAAAUACUGGUAGCAAAGGCUGGCCCCGAGCCCUCCGUCUAGCCCUCGCUCCAUACGCACACCUCAACCCGCAGUUGGACGAAUCACGCAUCGACUGCGUCCGUAACAUUAUCGCCCGUCUAGCAAACGUCAACAGUAAGAUCAGAGAUAAUAGAGGCGAUGUGAUUCUGAGGAGUCUAGCGAAAGAUUUGUUGCAGAGAACUGGUCAUGCACUCGAGUAUCAGUUGCAGAUGUAUGAUUCCAACUCUGGUCUAGGCGACUUCAUCAAGUAG